UGGCGGUGCGCUGCACUUUCGUCUCUCGUUCCGCCAUCAGGUCAAGAUGACCGGCAAGAAAUAUCGCAAUCUCAAAGCCGAGACCAAACGGCAGCGUAUCUUUUUCAACAGCCAAAAGUUUAGCUCUCGAUCUCUGAAUCUCGUGCCGGAACCCCACCGAGAGAAGUUUUUCACCAUCCAGGAAUUAGGUCGCACGUUGUAUAAUACGUAUGCAUCUGUGCCUGGGUGUGAAUCUCUGGAGCGACCUUGGCAACCCAAGAACAAGCAAAAAGCGUCAAGAUUGGUUCGAAACGCAAUAAGAUGCCGAGAAGCGAAUAAGAAUGAAAGUGGGUGGCGGUACGAGCUCGAGCCCAAAGUUUUCGAGAGAUUUGAGAUCGAGGUGACAUGGUUAGUAUCUGACGAAUUGAGUGUUGGUCCACCAGCUUUAUUACUGAUGCCUCAUAGUAAGACCUGCCGCCAAAGGCUAUGGAGAUCCGAAAUCGAAGUCAAUCACGAUUUUGCGAAUAGUAAAGCCCCGUCCUUGAGGAAGCGACAAGCCCGGCGAAAGCCCUGCACAUGCAACCCAUUAACUCGCUUGGACUGUCUAGAUCCAGGAACUAGCGAGAUAUUUUCCAACAGAAUCGAAGAAUUCGCCGUCGAAGAUGACUCGAAAAGUUUCGACAAAAAACCAGAUCGCACAUACGGUCUACAAGAGACCAAAAACUUAGCAACACGUCUUCGUAAAGAAUAUGCCCAUGCAUCACCACGUCUAGGUAGACAGCAACUAGUCUCAGACGUUAUUAGAACUAGCACGAAUCCUGACAACGGUGGUGUGCCCUUGCAUUUUCCAUUCCUCAUCCAUGAGGCGAAGAGCGAGAAAAGUGCGAACAAUUUUGAAGAGAUAGAGAUACAGACGGCACUGCCGAUCAAGCGAGCGCUGCACGUUCAGCAAACUCUCAAAGAAACUCGUGGCAACACAGUAGAUGUCCCAGGCGGACCCUUGGUAUGGUUCACGGCGAAUCGGGGAGAGACGUGGCGCGUCUAUGCAGGGACCGUCUACAAGGAUGAUGGCCGCGCAAAUUACCUUGUGUCUCAUCUUUGGGAAGGAAGUAUAAACAACCAUGACGAAGCUCUUCAGCUUAUCCUGAUCAUUGACUUUAUCGUUGAUUGGUCCAGAGAUGUCUAUCGACCAAGCAUUCUCUCGCAGCUGAAAGCACUAGGUACUGCUGAUACGACCCGGACAAUGUCAUUUUCACUCGACACUGAUAUAAACUCGCUUCGCUUCAACCUCAAUCCUUGGAUCGAGGGCCAAGAUUCUGCACUUACCCAGAUGGAAGAGUCCGAGGUAGUUGAGAUCACCCGACAUAAUUUCGGCGAAUCCUCCGAUAACCAUUGGAAGCAACUUCAGAUGCCUUUGGGAAUCGUACACAGUGCCAGGAACAUCGAGUCUCGUUUCAGAGCACUUUACAUAUCACGCGACAAUCUUGGGACACUCUUACAAAGCUUCAACGAACCAGCCGAUGAGAUUGAGUUCAUCCGGAAUCUUUUAGCCGUUGCACCUGUUCGUCUGGAGGCCGAAGAUAUUUUGAAUUCGAUUGAGGAUAUUUGGACGGGAAACUUGAGGACAAGCCCUCCGAGACCUGCGGGAAGCGAGAAGAAAGAAGUUUACGCCCAGCUUCGAUUUUCUUACUUCAUCGAUUCUUCGUGGGGACUAGUUAGGGAGCUGACGCUGCUCGCGAUACAGGAGGACAUAGUCGACAACUUGCGCGAGAUAUCGAACUGGACUGAACAAUAUCCACCACAUCAUCCUACCUGUCAUUGGCCCCAGAACCGGCUUCUCGAAGCAUUGCAGACUGUGCUGCACUCGAAUUUUCAAAAUGACUUCAAAGAUUGCCUAAAGCGACGGACUUUCGCUUUAACCAAUUGGAAUGAGCCACCAGGAUUUGGGCCACACCAUCCCAAGAACCAUUCACGUUUGAGUCCAGAUUGGGGCAUAAACAGUCCCUCGUCUAGAGCUUACAGUAUCGUGCAUGCGAUCUAUGAAAUGCACCGCGUAGGCCGUCGCACGCCGUCUGAGCCCUUCUUGCGAGUUUCUUCUCGCAGUCACCUUCAUUCUCGCACUCGCGUUCCCAAUUCCUGCGGAUUUUUUCUAAGCACGAAAACGGGAUGGCAGAUGAGCCUACUCUAUUCUCCCGUUCCUGAUAGCACCAGCCUCCGCGAGGGAAACAAACAGACGCUCUGCCUUUACGUCCUUCCUAGGAGCAGCAGGACCAGUAAUGAACAAAAACCGACCAGACAAGAGAUUGCUAGCGGAUUGAUCCAAUUUCUUUUCGAUCGUCUCCUCGUCAAAUCCUACCGAGGAGGCAAAUCUCCACCAACCGAUUCUCCUUGGCAGGAUAACGACCCAAACCACUCGUUUUGGCUGGACACAGGCUCUCCCAGGUUAGGCAUCAAGCACGAGGAGUUGAUUAUCUCUAUCAUUAAUUGGAUCCGCGACUUACGGCCAAAAACUAAUCUCCUGCCGAGUUCCCACGCUUACAUGGCAGGAUAUGAAUUCGUGCCAGGAGCCAGGACUUCGAUUGAAGUGUGGAUGAACUCUCUCGACGCCGAGGUCGGCCCGGAAACCUCCACAAUUGACGAGAACAUGCGAGAAGUAGUGCUCACGGGCAUAGCAAAGCGACCUACAGCAACUUACAAAUGACCAAAUCUGACUGAACGCCUCGAUCAUUUGGAUGCACGAAUCGCUAAUCUGGACGUUGCUACAUCCGCUUCUGCUGUUCCGUUACAGUUGGAGAGCGAAUUGGAGGACUGAAUUCGCAAAGAUGUUUGUGCUGGUUUGCGCGUUUCAGGGGCUCCUCGGACUAUUCGGCACAGCAACAAACC